GCAUUCUUACAUUAUGGCGGCUUCAAAUGUACCUCGCUGGGCGAAACACAUCUCAAAGACACUCAGUGAGCACGAAAAAGUCAGCGUGUAUCAGCUCGCAACUGUCGAUUCAUCGAAUCGUCCUCAUGUUCGUUCGGUGAUUCACCGGUCCUUCCUCACGCCCAAGGGCUCGCAGUCUACUCCUUUACUUGUCACCAGCACGGACAUCCGGACCCCGAAGGUUCAACAAAUGUUCGAAGACGCUUCGGUGGAGCUCUGUUGGUGGAUCGACCCAACCGGCGAGCAAUUCCGCAUCGCAGGGCGCAUCUACGUCAUCCCUGACCCUUCGAACCCAUAUCAUCCGCGGUCCAUGGAGAAGAUCGAGAGUGCCGGUGCGGCGUUCCGAGAGCUGAAGGCGGAAGGAGUGGAUUGGGAGAGCAAGCGCAGGGAGCUGUUUAACACGAUGUCGCCGCAUAUGAAAGCCAGCUGGGUCCGUCCAACACCGGGAUCCAAGAUCGAUGACUACGAGGAGUCGAAGAAGUGGCCGUCGAAAGUCGAAGGUAGCGCAGGUGACAACCCUGAGGAUCCUGACCAGGCGAAGAAUCUGGAGACAGCGCUGGGGCACUUCGCCCUCGUCCUCGUCGAUCCAAUCGAGGUCGAUUACGUUGAAAUGGCUGUAUUGCCCAACAGACGGACUCGCUGGAUCAGAGAAGGGGGGGUCGAGGGGACCGUUUGGGCGGAUCACCUGGAAGUUCCUUGAAGCGAUCGUGUGUCUCAUACAGUGACAAUUGUAUCCCUGGCCAAUUGUGCGAUGAAUUUGUGACAGACAAGCACGAUCUGACCGUCCCCGUCGCGAGUCUCCACCGCGGCUAUCGAAGGGCUAUCCAACUCGUCCCACAACCUGCCCAAACAUCAACAGCUGUUCGAGAUCGCUGUUCAAGAGAUAGCGGAGGCCAUAUCCUGACGGGAAGUUGCACGUCUUCUGUAUUUCCCACUCCGAGGUUGCCGUGCUCGUUCCAUCCCCAGCCCCAUAUCUCGCAGCUCGAGCCAGUCUCGAGUUCUUUGCUAUCGCGACGCUCGGUCUCGUCGCCGCGAGAUGCCCGAUCCACCAUAAGGAGAACAUGUUCGCUCCCACAGACCAGUUUCCUGAAUUUAUACCCAUGGGUGCCAUUAGGGAGCUCGAUGGCGGCCGCGGAUACCAUCUCGCAAUCCUGAGAUAAUCGACCCAAUUGGCCUCGUGAAAAGGUGCCGGUGCUUAACACCUUUUCUGAUCCUUCUUCGGCUUUUGAGAGGACGUACGUG